UGCCACUUGACGCGCCUACCUUCCAUCUUCAUCCCCGCUCGCCCCGUUCCUGCAUCUUACCUGGCCCUUCUUCCGACCACCCACCACGCAACACUGCCUCGCAAAUUUGAAUCGGCCUGCCAUCGCUGACAACGUAUCUGAUAGAAACCUACUUCGCAAAAAUGGGUCACGAAGACGCCGUGUAUCUGGCCAAGCUUGCCGAGCAGGCUGAGCGCUAUGAGGAAAUGGUCGAGAACAUGAAGAUUGUUGCUUCCGAGGACCGUGACCUUACCGUCGAGGAGCGGAACCUUCUGUCUGUUGCCUACAAGAACGUCAUUGGAGCCCGCCGUGCAUCUUGGAGAAUCGUCACCUCGAUCGAGCAGAAGGAGGAGUCCAAGGGCAACUCCACCCAGGUCACUCUCAUUAAGGAAUACCGUCAGAAGAUCGAGGGCGAGCUUGCCAAGAUCUGCGAGGACAUUCUCGAGGUUCUCGACAAGCACUUGAUCCCUUCGGCGAAGAAUGGCGAGUCCAAGGUCUUCUAUCACAAGAUGAAGGGCGAUUACCACCGCUACCUCGCCGAGUUUGCCGUCGGCGACAAGCGGAAGGACUCUGCCGACAAGUCCCUCGACGCCUACAAGGCUGCCACGGAGGUCGCCCAGACUGAGCUGCCUCCUACGCACCCCAUCCGCCUCGGCCUCGCUCUUAACUUCUCGGUCUUCUACUAUGAGAUUUUGAACGCCCCGGACCAGGCCUGCCACCUUGCCAAGCAGGCAUUUGAUGAUGCCAUUGCGGAACUUGACACCCUUAGCGAGGAGAGCUACAAGGAUUCGACACUCAUCAUGCAGCUCCUCCGUGACAACUUGACUCUUUGGACUUCGUCCGAGGCGGAGCCUGCGGCUGCCGCAGGCCAGGCCGAGGCUGCACCGCAAGAGGAGAAGGCCGAGCAGGCCACCUCGGAGGAGCCCAAGGCUGCUGCCGCCGAGUAAACGGAGUGACACAUUUCCCUUGCGUUCGUGAUAACCCCCCCGGUCGAUCUUGGCAAAUCCCCUGGUGGAAUGGUGUCUAUGGAGUGUUCACUGGAGAUCCCCCGAGAAACUUGCAUGUCUCUUGUUUUUUUGCGCAAAUACACCGUUCAAGUCUUUUGCGACGACUUCUCCUGAGGGCAAAUAGGGCUAGAGUGCAGAGCACGUUGGGAGGGUUAUUUUUUCCCGGUUGCUUGCCUUUUAGACUCUAAAUGCACACGAAGAAUCGUCUGGACAAUAAAUAAAA